ACACAAGAGGAGUAAUUUGCAUCAGCAAAUGCAGUGAGCAGAUGGCAAUUUCUAGCUCAUCUGCCACGUUUUUCCCCACUAUGCAGCAUUUUUCUCAGAAUUCCAGCAUUGUUACAGUCACAAGGGGUGUUGUUUGCAGGCGAUACGUUAAAAUUAGCAGAACCAUAAGUGCACUGUUGGUGUUACUUCCAGUGUUUGACGUGUGAGUGACCUGUGCACUGGAGUCCUUGGAUGCAUCUGCACCGCGUUUCUGUUUGCUGUGCUGUACAACAUUUAAUAUUUCUCUUCUCAUGCUCUGUAAAAAUGGCUGACUGUUCAAAUACCUCAGUGAAAAAGAUUUUUAGAGCCAAAAAGACGAUGACUGCAAGUUGUCGGCAACAGAUAGCCAUCCUUAAUAAGCUAAAGAGCUGCACUAAAGAAGGUAUCGCUGUAGAAGGACUUACUUCAUUAUUACCUACAGAUGGAGUUCAGCAGUCGGAAAGAAGCAGCAAAGCAAACUGUCCUGAACAAACCAAUUCCAAAUUAAGUAAAUCAUUGGAGUCUCUUAAUCAGAACAUUUUCUCUAAUGAAUUAAAAGUUUCAGUAGCACAAAUUAAUUCCCGAAGUAAUACUGGAUAUUCCUACAAAGAAGCAUUUGGUAUUUCUAGUGCAAGUGAAAAGAGCCAUGGUCAUUUUUCAACUUCUAUGGUGACUGCUGAUGUUUCUCACAAUGCAAAUUCUGGAUUUACAAAACAAAAAGCUGAUUAUUCAUCCCCUAAAAAGCCACCCUUACAAAGCUCUCCAGUAUCUAAAGGACUGCAGCAUUUAAAAAGCUUUUCUGAAAAAAUAAAAGAAAACAGCAAUUCUAAAAAUGAUCAGAAUCCAAAUUCUGAUCUUGCACUGCCAUGUCAUAUAAAGGAUAACACUGAAAACAUUAAAGGUCAAUCAAAAAAAACCUUCAGUACAGUCCAUGUUCAGAAUUCCACUUCUAGCAUUUUUGGGUUGAACAAUUUGAGUGAAUCUACCACACAAGAUCUAUCAAAUAAUUGUGAUACUAGUAUUGGUGCCAACCAAAGGAAGAGAGUUCAUUCGGAAAGCAAUGAUGUUUCAUGCUGCAAACGAAACAACGCUUCAUUAAAUGUCUGUUCAGAGCCUGAAAAAAUUAAUGUGAUUUUAGAAAAGAUUCAAUGCCUAAUUGAAAAUCGGAUACAAAGCUUCUUCAAAGAAUCUCUUGAUCAAAGAAUGGAAGAUCUUAGUCGGCGUGUUAGUCUUAUUAAAUGCAUGGGAAACCACGGGAAUGAUAUUGCUCGAUACCGUAGAAAAGCACGGAAACUCGAAAGACGCAUCAAAUCAGUAUUGAGUGUUCAGAAAGAGGCAGAAAAGCAACGCAAUAACUUGCAUAACAUUAAAAGAGAAAAGGUUGCCACUGUAAAUGACAAAUUAGCAUCUGAUCAGAAACUGCUAUCAAAAGAGUCUCUAAGCUCAUCCCCUAAAACAGUGAUCACAACAGAUUCACAUGAGAAGAUCUCAAAUAUAUUAAAUACCAAAGACAUACAAGGGACAGAAUGCAAUUAUAAAACAAGCGCAAAAAAAGAAAGUUCUUCACUAUUUUCAGACAGUGUUUUACAUGCAUCCGAAGGAUCAGUCUCUUUAGUUCCACCGCUGAAACCUAUCUGUCGGAGGGAAUGUUAUCUAAAAGAAAAUAAGAAAAGUAAAAGUAUAAUAGAUCUGACUAAAGAUGAAGAAAAUGAUUGCAAAGAACAUAAUUCAGUGUGCUUGUCUCACCUUACCAGAACACCAGAUAUAAAGGAUAUUAAAUUAGAAGAAUGCGAUGCCUGUUUGGAGCAAAAAAAUCCAGCAUUGUCUGACACAGUGAAAAUGCCAUUUGAAAACAAAGUUUCUGGGAUAUGCAAUGAAUCUUCGGCGAUGGAGCUAAGUCCUAAACCUUUGCACACACAGUGUAAGAAAACAAAGACUGGUCCGAUAAAGGCUGAAGAGCAAUAUUCUAAUAAAGCAACAGAUCUAAAGUUAGAGGGAAAAUGUUCUGUUACUCAAGAUAAUGCAUCAUUGUUGGAUACAACUCAAAUGUUAUAUAAAAUCAAAGCUUCGGGAUGCAAUGAGAGUGAAAUGACAAAGUCAAACACCAACCCUCCACAUACUCAGGUGACCUCAUCAAAUUGUGAUUCUGGAUCUAAGAAGCUUCAGCCUCCUCAAAAGCCUGAACUGCGACUGACUCAAGUACAAAAUCCAAAGGGAAUUGCCCUGUCUUGGAAUAUUAACAAGACAGAUCCAAACUGUGCUCCUGCUGAAAGCUACUGUUUGUAUGUCCAUAAAGUGGAUGCAAGUGUCAAGAAAGUACUAUGGAAAAAGAUUGGGGAAAUAAAAGCAUUGCCAUUACCUAUGGCUUGCACAUUAACACAGUUUGUGGAUGGCUCCACAUAUUCUUUUGCUUUGAGGGCUAAAGAUCCAUCUGGGCGUUUUGGACCUUUAUGCGAUAUUCAGUCAGUUACCUUACAACCUUCAGUAAAGGCUGCAAAAGGCAGUUAAUUCUAGUGUAGAUGUCACAAGUAUACGCCCAUAUAUGUUAGUACAUCCACUCAUAUUGAGUUUGGUUUUAGGUUCUUGUAAGGAUUGUUUUAUUCUUUUUUCUGUCUGUUACGCUAAGCAUUGCACUUGUUUUAGUGGCUUUUUGGAGAAUUGGGAGUUUUAACUUAGUAGGUUGGGGAGAGAGAAGUAAAAACCCUAAGGUGAGGACAACAGUAGCAAACCCCAUCAGAUGUAGUAUUCUAAAAAGCUUUUAAAUACCCUUAUAGCCUAAGCACUACUGAAAAAUAACCACCACUACACUUGAUGAUUUGCUUCUCACUUGCACCAUUGCGGAUUAGAAAGCCUAAUGCUCUAAACCAGGGCUGUCCAAUUAGAGGCACAAGGGCCAGAUGUUGGCCCUCCAGAGAAUUUCUGUUUAUAUGAGAAAUAAUGGGCCCCACCACAAGUAAUAAGUUGGACAGCACUGCUCUAAACUGUAGCCUUAUCUCCAGCAUAAAUAGUUCCAGUGAGCCUUCUCUUAACAUCCAGUGUUUUGCCGUGUUUGGUGAAGGAGGAUUAUAGUUUUCCUAACCAUCACUGGAAAAAUUUGGAGGUAAAUCACCAUUUGAUGUGCAGUGUUACACUCCUGACUGAUGUUAUAUAUUAUAAGCUGAGUGCUUGAGCACAGAAAAUACUUACAUGCGAAUGGGUGGAAUUAACCACAUGGUGUGCCACAUGGUUUUUAGUAACUGUACAACUAUUGCUUAUUCAUUCUUGUUUUAUAUUCUCACCCUACAUUACUGUUUUAAUAUUGUUGGCUUUGAACACAUGGCCCUAAGGGUAGAGACAAGCUGUAGCUCAAAAUUUAUGCUGUGUGGUUUUGCUUCUGAUCUGCACCUCAGACCCCGCCAAGAAGCUGUUAUUUGUUUUAAUGCAUUCUUGUGGUUAAAGGGGCUGUUUACCUUUGAGUUAACUUUUAGUAUGAUGUAGAGAGUAAUAUUCUGAGACUAUUUGCGCUUGGUCUUCAUUUUUUAUUAUUUGUAGGUUUUUGUUCAGCAGCUCUGUUUGGAGUUUCAGCUGCUAUUUGGUUGCUAGAAUACAAAUUACCUUAGCAACCAGGGUGUGGUUUGUAAGAAAGACUGACGGAUGAAUAGGAGAGACCUGGAUAGAAAACAAAGUACUUAAAAGUAACAAUAACAAAUUGGUUUUUGGCUCAGGGGUCAGUGACUCCCAUUUGAAAGCUGCAAAGAGUUAGAAUACGAAGGCAAAUAAUUUAAAAACUAUAAAAAAUAAUCAAAAAAAAAAUUAAUUUAAAGGUGAACCGCCCCUUUAAUACUAAUCGGAAAACAGACUCACAGAUAGCAAUAAAGAGUAAGUCGGCUUAGUUCAUUUUGAGGAAAACAAGACAAUUCAACUGCUUUGAUUUACUUAUUUAGCUACACGGUUAACUUCAUAUGUCACUGAAUCAAUACAAUCACCACCCCAGCAAAUAUUAUAAAUCUAAAAUGAAAUAUAUGUACAGUUCUGAUAUUUUUAUAGAUUUUAAAAGGAAAAUGAGCAUUUACAAGUCAUUGAUUGCCAAAAGUUUAUUAAUGAACUCUCUGCUUGUAAAACAAUGGUUUUAAAUGUUUUUUGUUUUUUUUAGGUAAAUCUAAACUAGAAAAACUUUUUUUUUUUUUUUUUAAAUAGUGUCUGUAUACAUGAGUGCAUACAGUAUUUUGCUUUGUAUCACAAUAUGAAGAUAACCUACUACCUGCUCUGGGGAAUAAGGUGGGUAGAAAUGUAUAUAUUAGCAAGCUUUACUUUGAUAUACCUCCCUUACAGUACUGAACUUCAGCCAGUUUAUAUGUGAAAAGCAACAUCACUAUUUUUUAAGAAAAGUUUGUA